AUGGCCGCCUUGGAGGCGACCGACGCGUAUGCCGACGCUACUGAGCUCGACUCCUCGCUUCCUGGUGCGCUAGCAGACUACGAGCGGAAGCUUUUGCUCGCUACGUCAUCGCUGGUGGUCUGCCCCAACGAGGCCUGUGGCUACGUGUUUGAGCAGCAUAUGACGACGCCGUCAAAGGCGAGCGUGGUUCCGCCGACGCCGGCGCGGGCCCGCGACGACAACGGUGUGCCGCUCACGCCGCGCGCACACGCCCACCACCGGGACUACCGCUUCCGCUGUCGCCGGUGCGCUACCAUCUUCUGCGCCGGCUGCAACGCCAUACCGUACCACACAGGCAUGGAUUGCGCUUCGGCGGCAGCAACGGCAGCGUGCGGCGCCUGUCGGUACUGUGCCAAGCCUUUGAGCCCCGAGACUACUGCCGAGAACCCGACUGAUGCACCCGCGCUUGACAAAGUAUGCGUCGAUGAGGCGUGCCUUGCCAAGCGGGCGAUUGCGUGCCGGGUGACCCACGUGUGCGGCCACGCGUGUGGCGGUGUCAAACGCGAGAAGCGUUGCCUGCCAUGCCUGGAGCCCGAAUGUGCUCCUGCCGAUGCCCAGAUCACUGCUGACGACUACUGUUCGAUAUGCUGGGUCGACGACAUCCGGUCUGCGCCAUCGAUCGAGCUCGCGUGCGGGCACGUCUUCCACUACUCGUGCGUGACGGCGCGACUCGACGCCCGCUGGCCCGACGCCCACAUCUCAUUUGCUUUUCUCGACUGCCCGCUUUGUAACGCGCCGAUCGCGCACAAGGUACUCGCCAAGCGGCUCCGCCCGCUGCAGCGGCUGCAGGGCGAGGUACUCGCCCUCGCUCGGCACGCACUCCACACCGAGAUGCUAGCCGGUAACUCAGAGGUGGCGUUCAUAUCGGACGCCGCCAUUGCGGCGUACGCCUCGUCGCAGCGGUACUAUCUCUGCUCCAAGUGUGAUCACCCGUACCACGGCGGCGCGGCAGCGUGCGAAGCCGCCGGCGACGCCCACCCCCCAAUCCUGACGCCUUCGUUUGCUCGCACUCACAAGUGCCGGUUCUGCUGCAACCUCGCAACAUGGCUCUGCUGGGGCACCACCCACUUUUGCGAUGCCUGCCACGACAUUGCGCCGAUUAUUGCUCGCAAGCCGUUCCACGAGCUCUCGCCAUGCACAUGCUCGCGUGUCCACCCACCCAACGGCAUUGAGUUCUCGUACGGCUGCUCCAUGUGCUGCGCCCUUGAGGAGGCUCCGCCGGUCCGCAAGUCAGAUCGCGCCGAGGCCAAGGCUGCGCGGAAGGCGGCCAAGGCUCAGGCCAAGGCUGCGCGCAAGGCGGCAAAAGCCCAGGCCAAAGCUGCGCGCAAGGCGGCCAAGGCUCGCUCCAAGGCCGAAAAGGCAGCUGCCAAGGUCGCCUCUCGCGCACUUGCCGCGGCCCAUGCCGUCCAUCGCGCCCGCGCUCGCGGCCGCCCCGACGCUCGCGGCAAACUCGUCGAUCAGCCCCAGCCGCCACAGCGCGCCCGUGCGCUCCACGAGCUCAACCGCUGA